GUAAUCGGGCACUGACCAAGCCUGUACUUCGUACAAUGCAGAAUUAAAUCACCGCCCCUGUUUCUUCAAUCCUCCAACUUGAUUCCAUAACAGACUUUUGGAAGCCCCUCGAUAUUAUUAGACCACAAACCCAUUUGAUUCGAACACCAUGUCCCAGGAAACGGGACUCUGGAGUGUUCGGCGACCAAGAGAGACCCUUGGUGGCAUCAAUCCUAACACUUCUAUACCACAACCCGCAUCAGCAAUGAAGAGAUCAAGCUCGAUUGGACAUGGAGGGGGAUUCGGAGGUAGCCAUAUGCGAUCCGUCUCGGGAUCUAGACAAUCCCUUGCGCUCGGCCGCUCCAGCCAGCAUCUCUUCUCUCGAUCGUCGUCCGGUACGAACCUGGCCGACAUGGGAAUGUCUUCGGUCAAGCGAUCCUCAUUCCAGAACCCUCCCGGCUCUACAAUAAAGACUUAUGCUUCCGGCGGCGUACCGAUGCGAAAUUCGGAGAACGAACGGAGGAGUAGCGUCUAUCGUUCCCGAACCUCGACAACCGGCCCAGGAAACCAUCAGAGCUUUUUCCAACAAGCCCCUCAAGCAGCUGGUGUACCGCGUGAUCCGCGUCCGUUAAAGGACCGCUCGUUCCAGGCGCGAAUAGGUCAAGAGCUUUUAGAUUACCUAUCGCAACACAAUUUCGAAAUGGAAAUGAAGCAUACUCUGUCGCACAACAUAAUAAAGUCGCCGACCCAGAAGGAUUUCAACUAUAUGUUCCAAUGGCUAUAUCACCGUAUCGACCCCAGCUAUCGCUUCCAGAAAAACAUCGACCAAGAAGUUCCUCCGAUUUUGAAGCAGCUACGUUAUCCUUACGAGAAGAGUAUCACCAAGUCGCAAAUCUCCGCGGUGGGUGGCCAGAACUGGAGUACGUUUCUGGGAUUGCUUCAUUGGAUGAUGCAGUUGGCACACAUGCUUGAGGGUUACUCAUCGAAUCGCUACGAUGAAGCCUGCAUAGACAGUGGGAUUGACGUUAUUAGCGAUCAUAUUGUUUUCGACUUUUUAAGCUCAGCGUACCGGGAUUGGCUUGCUAUGGAUGAGGACGCCGGUGAUGAUGACGCUGAGAAAGUACUCGCGCCCCAUGUGGAAGAUAUGGCGGCCGCCUUCGAGAGGUCAAACUCCAAGUACCUAUUGGAACUCGAGGAACUCGAGGCGGAGAAUGCUAGACUGCUCAAGGAGAUUGAGGAUCUCGAAAAGUCCACCCCGGAUCCUCGUGUUCUCGACAACCACUUCAAGAUUAUGGAGGAGGAUAAGGUCAAGUUUGAGGAGUAUAAUGCGUUGGCCUUAUCGAGAUCUGAUAAAUAUGAAAGCCGCAUCCAAGUUUUGCAGGAAGAACUUGACAAGCUGAUGGAGGAACUGAGGGAGGCAGAGGAGGAGCGCCGCGCAUUGCAGAAGGAGGUCGACGACCAAGGCAUCAGCAUGCAGGAUAUCGACCGCAUGACUUCCGAACGCGAAAGGCUGCAGAAGGGCAUAGAGUCCGCAACCCUUCGACUCGACGAAGGCAAGAAGAAGGUGGCGGAAAAGGAAAUGGAAGCCAGUCGUAAGCUCGACGAACUGGAGAGGCUUGUCGACAAGUACAACACGCUCGCCUACCAGAUCGGCCUCAUCCCCGCGACGGCCGUCAACGCCAAGGGCGUCGCGUACGAACUUGCCGUGACCGUCAACGAGUCGGACUUCACGGGCUCCAUAAUGAAGGGGUCAUACUCGAGCGGAGGAAGCGAACGCCUGCUUGCCGAUCCUGUCACCGGCUAUCAGCCGGCCCACAUCCUCAACCUGGACCUGCGCGGGCAUGUUAAGAACAACUUCCUGGCUCUACGCAAGGAGAUCUCGGAGAGGCGGUCCGCGGCUAUGGACGCGAUGAUGAAGGAUCACGAUCUUCUUGAUGGCAUUAAGGAGGCGAUCGAGGACAAGAGGAACGAGGUCGAGGCUCUGGAACACAGGGUCAGAGCGGCGGAAGAGGAGUACGAGAAGACAAAGGAGGUUACCACGACACAAAAACUGGCCUCCGAUGCGCAGAUCGAGAAGAUGGAGAAGGAGCUCGCCAAGAUGCGAGCUCAGCUCACCGAAUCCGUACAGCUUAUGGAGCAAAGGGAAAUGAACACAAACAUAGAAUACGAACAGCUAACUCUCCGAGCCAACGCGUUGCGCGAGGAGUUGCACACGGAGAUCGAGAGGAUGCUCAACGACAUCAUCAAGUUCAAGGUGCACAUCCAGAAGAACCUGGAGGACUACGAGGGCUUCGUAACGGACGAGCUCGAGAAGGAGCUCGGUAGCGACGAGAUGCAGGAUGAUACCCGCGGCGUUGAUAUUUGAUUUAAAUUUUCUCAUGCGCGGCUGGGUUUUUGAAUUCCUACUCCACGAUGCUUAUGUCUACGCCUGUACGGAGUUCGGUUGGACUGGGUGGUGCGAAAUUGAUGACCGUAAUGAUGAUGUCGUGGAUGUUCUUUUUGUCCUUUUUUUUUUUCGUAAGACGGGCGGGAAUGGCCGUGACGCCUGGUGUACAUAUGUCCCGCGUGCUUAUGGAUAGUAGGUCAGAGCGCAGGUUUCAAUAUACGAGUAACAGCAGACGUUUUUGCAUUUUAAGAUCACCUUGAGCCGCAUCCUUUUUUUUCUCUUUCUUUUUUUGGCUAGCUAGCAAGCUUACAUGGUCUUGGGCUGUUCUGUGCUAAUAUCAUCUGAAUGGGCCGCUCAAUAGCCGUAGUAUUAUAGAGAUUCUAUAUCUCUCCAGGUAUGUAUGUUAUAGGUAUAUCAUCCCAACCCGCCCUAUCACUCUCUCUUAUAAACGCACUUAUAUAAAUACUAUUAUUGGCAACUGCUUAAAUUAAUAUACUACUCGUUCGUACCUGUUAUAGAGAACUUAUUAAAAAUACUGGUUAUGCUUAAAUGAAGUCGAUAGGAUGCUCACGUCAAUGGUAUAGUAUUGCCAAGUAGAAUAUUG